AUGCCUCCAAAAGCCAACGAAAGGGAGGCUGUGAAGGUUUCAGUUCGCCUUCGUCCGAUGUCAGAGAAGGAAAUCAAUGCGGGUUUUAAGAAAAUAGUCGAAAUUGACAAGAAAACAGCAACAGUCAAAAUACAAAAUCCUCAAAAUCAAACUAUUACAUUUACCUUCGACUAUGGAUUCCCUGAAGAUUGUACACAAGAAGAAGUAUACGAAGCCACUGCAGCACCAAUAGUUUCCGGUGUCUUGGAAGGAUUUAAUGGAACAAUAUUUGCAUACGGCCAAACAGGCACUGGAAAAACAUACUCUAUGGAUGGAAAAACGCAUGGUGAGCAUCGAGGAAUCAUGCCACGUGCAUUUGACCAUAUUUUUGAAUAUAUUCAAGCAAAUCAAGAUUCUCAUGAAUUUUUAGUUACUGUCACCUACGUGGAAAUCUAUAACAAUGAGUUACGUGAUCUAUUGGCAGAGAAUCAUGAGCAGCCAUUGAAGAUCAGAGAAGAUGCACAGAAAAAUGUUUACAUCAAAGGAGUUUGCACCCACAAAGUCAAGAGUGUAGAUGAACUCCAUGCGCUACUCGCAUACGGCAAGAAAAAUCGCGUAGUCCGAAAAACAAAUAUGAACUCUGAGAGCUCCAGAUCACAUUCUAUCCUUUCUCUAGUUAUCGAAACGCUUACAAAGAUCGAUGGCCAAGAUCACGUCCGUUCAGCUCGUCUGAAUAUGGUCGAUUUAGCCGGAUCUGAACGUGCAGCGAAAACGGGAGCAGAAGGUGUAGGUUUUACAGAAGGUGUCAACAUCAACUACGAGCUCAUGAUCUUAGGCAACUGCAUUGCUGCGCUUACAUCCAAAGGCAGUCACAUUCCCUACAGAGAUUCGAAACUUACUAUGCUUCUGAAGGAUUCUCUCGGCGGAAAUGCCCGCACAAUGAUGAUAGCCGCCCUCGGACCAGCAGACUACAACUUUUCCGAGACAAUGUCAACGCUCAGAUACGCGGAAAGAGCCAAGAAGAUCGAGAACAAGCCGAAAGUGAACAUGGACCCAAAGGAUGCCCUUCUCCUUCAGCUCAAAGAGGAAUUGGCCGCUCUCGAAUCGCAGAUUCAGCAGAAAGACCAGUUGUCCGCACAGAUGGGAGCAUCAGACGACGUCAUUGCCAUGAUGGAAGCGAAACUGGAGGAGGAGAGAGCGGAGAUCGCCAAGCAGUCGAACAUGGCUGAGAAAGAGAGGAUAGAACUGACGAAAAAGAUGGAGCAGAGACUGAAGGAGAUUGAAGCAGAGAAAGCGAAGAGAGAGUCAUUCCAAGCGAAGUUGGAAGAACUCACGAAAGCUCUGGAGACAUCAAACAAGUCACAGCUGAUGCAGAGAACAACACAGAACGAGAAGCAGAUCGAAGAAGCGAGGAAGAAACUCGCAAUGAGAGAAGAGAAAUCCAGAAAAAUGCAGGAAGAAAUGGAAGCGAGAAGAAGACAGCAGGAAGAGAAAGAGAGAGAAGUUUCAAGUCUGGCACAGAACGUAGAAAACGUCGUGUCACAGUUCCAAGACUUAGUCGACAGAUACAAAAACUUGAAAGUGAUGCUCCCUGAAGUCCAGAAAACAAUUAACGGAGACAGAGUUCAGUUGGCCGAGCACCAGGAGUCACUGGCCCAGCAGUUGGACUUGCUACAGCAGAUAGUGGACAACUUCAUCCCGCCAAGCGAAGUGGAGAGAGUCAAGAACCAGUUCACGUACGACAAGGACAGCGACAAGUGGAACGAGAAGAGCAUCGACAAGAAGGAACUUGUAUCGGCAGUUUUGCACACAGAGAGGCCAAAGUCAGCUUUGGGAGGAACCCGGCCACUGGCAAAAACUGGCGGUUUCAGGGCCACGACACCGCAGUCUAUGGAUGGAAAUGACUUGAUAGAGAACGAAAUGCCCCCUGCACCUGUUCCAAGUAGGCUCAGACAAGGGCCAAAGAAAAUUCCGAGAAGAUUAAUCGGAAGAUCUGUUGAAGUUGCUUUGAAACCAACUCAAACAGAGUUAACGAUUACUAUAUGA